AGCUAAUAAAAAAAAAAAGAAUAUUAUAAGAGCAGAGGAUCUCCCGAUGAUGCAUGAAUGAAGGAAGCUCUGAAUCUAAAAACUCCCUCCGACCCCCAAACCUAGAAUUUUGAAGCGGAAGAAAACACACAGAAUCUGAGGAUCGUAUCGUAUCGUCAGCGUUUGAUGAGAUACACGAAUAGUUAAAUUUAUAGUCAUGAAUCAAAUUCGUCGAUGGCAGAGGAUCAUGUUCCUCUCCCUGCUAUCGAUCUCCGUGUUGGCUCCUCUCGUUUUCGUCUCGAAUCGGCUCAACACCAUCACUCCCGUUGGUCGGAGGGAAUUUAUGGAAGAACUAUCCAACUUCAGAUACAGGACUAAUGACCUCAGGCUUAACGCUAUCGAACAUGAGGAUGGACAAGGCUUGAAGGGGCCAAGGCUCAUUCUCUACAAGGAUGGGGAGGAGUUUAAUUCCACUGUUAGUGAUGAUGAGAAAGAUAAAACUAUUGAUGGCAAUAAUCUUAAAUACAGGGAAGGGAAAGUAAUUGAUUCACAGCAGACUACGACACUAAGCUCUGAUUCCAAGGAUCAAAUUCUAAGAGUUAACCAACUUGCUAAUAAAACGGAGUUCAAACCCCCAUUAUCCAAAGGUGAAAAGAAAACAAAGGUUCAUCAGUCUGAUAGAGCAACAGAUACGAAGAUAAAGGAAAUCAGAGACAAGAUUAUACAAGCCAAGGCCUAUCUGAAUUUUGCCCCGUCUGGAAGUAAUUCUCAGAUUGUCAAGGAGUUGAGAACUCGAUUGAGAGAGCUGGAACGGGCUGUUGGUGAUGUGACAAAGGAUAAGGAUUUGUCAAAGGGCGCGCUUCGGAGGCUGAAGCCCCUGGAAGCUUCAUUGUACAAGGCUAGUCGUGUCUUUAACAAUUGCCCUGCCAUAGCUAACAAACUCCGUGCCAUGAAUUAUAACACAGAAGAACUAGUUCAGGCGCAGAAAAAUCAAGCAUCAUAUCUAAUGCACCUUGCUGCAAGGACCACCCCAAAAGGGCAACACUGUCUCUCCAUGCGGUUGACAUCGGAGUACUUUGCCUUGGAUCCUGAAAAAAGGCAGAUGCCUAACCAGGAAAAGUACAAUGAUCCUAGACUCAAUCAUUAUGUUGUCUUCUCUGACAAUGUUUUGGCUUCUGCUGUCGUUGCUAACUCUACGAUAUCUUCUUCAAAGGAACCGGAAAAAAUAGUAUUCCAUGUCGUGACUGAUUCACUUAACUACCCAGCAAUCUCAAUGUGGUUUUUGCUAAACAUCCAAAGUGUAGCUGCUAUCCAAAUCAAAAACAUUGAUGAUAUGGAUGUCCUGCCUUCAGAUUAUGACCAGUUGCUGAUGAAGCAAAGCUCCAAUGACCCAAGAUUCAUCUCUACCCUCAAUCACGCACGCUUCUAUCUCCCCGAUAUAUUCCCGGGUUUGAAUAAGAUGGUACUCUUUGACCAUGAUGUAGUUGUUCAACGAGAUUUAAGUAGACUGUGGAGCAUCGAUAUGAAGGGGAAGGUGGUUGGUGCUGUAGAGACUUGUAAAGAAGGCGAACCUUCAUUCCAUUCAAUGAGCACAUUUAUUAAUUUCUCAGACGCAUGGGUCUCUGGGAAAUUCAGUCCUAAAGCUUGCACGUGGGCGUUUGGGAUGAAUCUUGUUGAUCUCGAAGAAUGGAGAAGACGGAAGUUGACUUCUACAUACAUUAAAUACUUCAACCUGGGAACAAAGAGACCUUUGUGGAAAGCUGGGAGCUUACCAAUAGGUUGGUUGACUUUCUAUAGGCAAACAUUAGCGUUGGACAAGAGAUGGCAUGUGAUGGGGUUAGGACGCGAAGCAGGCAUCAAAACGGUUGACAUUGAACAAGCCGCGGUUAUACACUACGACGGGAUCAUGAAGCCGUGGUUGGAUAUUGGAAUAGAUAAAUACAAAAGAUACUGGAACAUGCAUGUCCCUUACUAUCACUCCUACUUGCAACAGUGCAAUAUUCACGCUUGAUACUAAAAAACAACUUCCACAAUAUAGGUUCAGUUCUAUAUUCUUUCCUUUUUUUGGUUAAAAGAAGCUUAUGAGAAUGUUACGAAUGGUAUUAUUAGCUUCAUUCUUUUACUCUUCUGAGUGUAAAUCUUGGCUAUUCUUUUUUCAUAUUUUCCAGAGCUUACUUAAUCUUAAACUUGGCCUCAGCGAGUUA